AUGCUCGUGUCCCUCACCGUCGGCAAGGUCGAUGCCGGCGUUGCCGUGCUCCUCACAGAAGACAAACGCCUGAUCGAAUUUCCAUCCAUCCUCCUCCCAUCCUCCAUCACUUCCGGCAGCAUAGUCGACAUAACCGUCUCGCGCAAUCCUUCGCUCGAAUCCGACAACACCGCAUCCUUUCAAAACCUCCAAGCCUCCAUUCUCGACACCUACGGCCUUCGAUCUCCCUCACCGCCUGUCCUCCGCCUUCGCAAUGCCACCCAAACCUCUAUAGUCCUCGAAUGGGAUUCCCUAUCACUUGAAACAGCCACCUUACGGUCCCUCUCCCUGUUCCGUAAUGGCGCCAAAGCAGGUCUCAUCCCCCGCUACUCCCGUGAUGGGGAAGAAGUUCUCGCCACCAAGGUCUCUGGUCUCGCCAUCGACACAGAAUACACAUUUCACCUCGUAAUGCGCACUAGCGCCGGUACAUACACCUCUUCUCGCCUCACCGUCUGCACACAGAAGAUGACAGAUUUGACCGGCAUCACUGUCACACCCGGACCCCUACCACCACCUCUACGCUCCUCCCUCUCCGGCGCUGUCGAGCGUAUAGGCGCUAAGCUAGUCGACGGUGUCCGGAUCGACACUACGCACUUUGUCUGCACCGAAGGCCGCGGUCGGGAAUGGGAGCGCGCAGUUGAAAUGAACAUUCCUGUCGUGCGGCCCGAAUGGAUUGAAGGCUGCGAGCGAGAAGGCAGGAUUGUCGGCGUCAGAGCUUACUAUCUUGGCGCAGACCCGAAAUUGAGACAAGUAGGUCAGGGCGUAGCUAUGCAGCAGCAGCCACCGACGCCCCAGCCACAGCAGAGGGACAGUCCGAGGCAGCAACCGUUGGCAAGGGAAAGUCAGCAGUCAUUGCCCAUUAGGGAACAGACGGAAAGACCAAGGAGCCCGAUUACGCCGUUUCCUGGGGCUCAACAACAGCAGAGCGGGGAAAGGGACGCGGAUGACGCAAGUGGGCUAUCAGAGGGUGAAGAGCCGCCACCGCAGCCGCCGGCAAAGGAUCAGCCAAGGGCGGGAGAGGGAGCGAGGGAAAGAAGUGUCAGUUCGGAGUCCUCGGAAGUGGAAGACGGGCACGCGGGGGAUGACGAAGAUCAAGCAAGUGAGGCUGUGAGUCCGAGAGACGAAGGUGCGGGUAGUAUUGUGAAGCCGCCUCUAUCCAGCAACAAAGUGGUAGGUCAGAGUCAGCCGAACUUCAGCGAUGUACAACUGUAG